UUUGCUUAGUCAACAGCCCCAUGCUACCUGAUAAAAUACCCCUGAGGAGGAGGACACGUUCUCUUACCAUAACUGACAGAAGAGUCAAGAGAACCAGACCAAAUCAUCUGAAGGGCAACAAUGGUGUUGGGUCGGGGAGGAUACACGUUCCAAAACUGGGCUGAGACCUACGGAUCAAGCCCCGAACUCUACUUCCAACCUACCUCUGUGGAAGAAGUGAAAGAGAUCCUGGACCUGGCCCGGCAGCGGAGUAAGAGGGUGAAGGUGGUGGGGGGCGGGCACUCGCCCUCGGACAUCGCCUGCACCGACGAUUUCAUGAUACGGAUGGAUAAAAUGAACCGAGUAAUAAAGCUUGACAAGGAUAAGAAGCAGGUGACAGUGGAGGCCGGGAUCCUCCUGAGCCAGGUGAAUGAUGUCCUCAACCAGAACGGGAUGGCAUUGUCUAACAUUGGCGCCGUGUCUGAAGUCGCAGCGGCCGGAGUUAUCGGAACGGGAACCCACAAUACCGGGAUUACCCAUGGCAUACUGUCUACACAGGUUGUGGCGCUGACCAUGAUGACGGCAUCUGGCGAGAUCUUGGAAUGUUCAGAGUCUGUGAAUCCUGAUAUUUUCCAAGCAGCCAGGCUUCACCUGGGGUCCCUGGGGGUCAUUCUCACUGUCACUCUGCAAUGCAAGGCUGCCUUCCAUCUGCAAGAGAUACAGCAAUCCACCACCCUGCAAGAGGUUCUUGACAAUCUUGACAAACACUUGCACUCCUCAGAAUAUUUCCGCUUCUUCUGGUUUCCGCACACGGAUAGUGCCAGCGUCUUUUAUCAGGACCCUACAGAGAAGCCUCCAUCCUCCAAGGCCAGCUGGUUUUGGGAUAGUUUUGUGGGAUACUACUUGCUGGAAUUCCUCCUCUGGAUAAGCACUUUCUUUCCACGACUUGUCCCUGGAAUAAAUCGAUUUUUCUUCUGGUUGCUGUUUGCUGGUACAAGCGAUCGUGUUGACAUCAGCUACAAAGUUUUCAACUUCGACUGUCUUUUUAAGCAGCAUGUGCAGGACUGGGCCAUUCCCAUAGAAAAGACCAAAGACGCUUUGAUGCAGCUGAAAUCUUGGUUGGAAAAGAAUCCACAGGUGGUGGCCCAUUUCCCAGUAGAAGUUCGGUUUGCCAAAGGAGAUGACAUCUUACUGAGUCCAUGCUACCAGCAAGACAGCUGCUACAUGAACAUCAUCAUGUACAGACCAUAUGGGAAAGACGUUCCGCACCAGGAUUACUGGUCAGAGUAUGAGAAGAUUAUGAAGCGAGUUGGAGGAAGGCCCCACUGGGCUAAGGCCCAUACUUGCACUCGUAAGGACUUUGAGAAGAUGUAUCCAGCAUUUGGCAAAUUCAAAAACAUCAGAGAGAAGCUUGACCCAACAGGAAUGUUCCUGAAUCCAUAUCUCGAGAAAGUCUUCUACUGAGGAGGACACAGUGGUCAAUAAAACGUCUUCAUGUAAAUUCCUAUAGUUUAGUGCCUAGUGCAAGUCAUAUAACCUAAAGGUUACGCUUCACUGGAUUUUUGCAAAAAAAUUUGAGGACUGGCUACAGAAAGUUUCUCCCAGCUAUAACCAAAGAAGUCCACCUUAGUACCACUUGGUAUCACCUUCACCAUUCAUGAUAUUUGUCUUAUAUUCUCCUGUAUGUGUUGAAGGAGGAAACAACCAAGGGUUGAGCCAUGUGUGACUGUUCCAUCCCUCACGGCACAUGAAUUUUUUUUUUGUCAAGGUCUAGAAGUUCACAAAUGGUUUACCAGCCAAAAGUUACUAAAUAUUUAUAAGCGGGACUGUUCAAAUUAACAUAGAUUGACAUAAUAAAAACAACAAAAAUUUCCAAAA